UUAUACAUACAUGUAAACCUCAUGCAUGCAUGCACGUCAUCUGUAUUACGUCUAUAUCUAUAUGCGCGUAUAUAUACAAGUAUUUGUGAAUAACAGUGAGCAACAAAUAACAAUGUCGACGAUGGAAGGUUCACUCAGCAAAUGGACAAAUGUUGUUAACGGGUGGCAAUAUCGUUGGUUCGUUCUGGACGACAAUGCUGGCCUUUUGUCGUACUACACGAGUAAAGAGAAGAUGAUGAGAGGUGCACGUAGAGGAUGCGUACGUUUAAGAGGUGCUAUAAUAGGUAUCGACGAUGAAGAUGAUAGCACAUUUACAAUUACCACGUCUUCGUACAAAGAUGAUCCAAAAACAUUUCAUUUUCAAACAAGGAACGCGGAAGAGAGAGAACGGUGGAUUCAUGCUUUGGAAGACACUAUAUUACGUCAUUCACACACUAGGUGGGACCCUAAAAAGUCCCCUCCAAAACAGGACUUUGAUCGUAAGGUAGCUGAAGCAGACGCGUAUCUUCAAUUAUUGAUCGAUCAGAUAAAAUUAAUCGAAACGAAACAGAGAACUGUCGCUGCCGAGGACGAGGAGAAGCAAGAGAAAUAUGCAGCAGUAUUGACCCAAGCCAACGCGAUGCUUAAUUCUGUGAAACAUACGAUUGUCCAAUUGCAAAUUGCCAAGAAUACAGCGAUACCGGUGAAUGGAAUAUAUAGAGGACCCUCGGAUGCAAUACACGUUUCAUCUCCUUUGGCUACGAGAGAACCAGAAACAACUAUUCAAACUGGGAUUGAAUUAGGCUCUGAAUGUGUAGAACCGAGAGUACCUAUAUUGUCUAAUGCUGUGGUGGGCAGAGAUCUCCCUGUGCCACAGUUCUCUUAUUCUUCUUCGGACGAAGACGAAGAUUAUUACGACGCGGCUGACGAAAUAUCACCUCCUUCCGCGCAGAAUCAUAUCACUAUUAGAAAACGGGAUAGCGAACGUUCGCAAUCACAGGCGGACGUAUUGUCAACCGAAAAUCGGAAGCAGCCUCCGUUGCCUCCGACGAAAGGCGAUGGAUCGCUCGAUUACGAUGCCCUUUACGAAGAGGAAAGCGAAACAGAGAUGGAUUCCAUGGAAUCUCACGGGUCCGUUGUAACUCAUCUCUUGUCCCAAGUAAAAAUUGGUAUGGAUUUAACAAAGGUAGCAUUGCCUACAUUUAUUUUGGAACGUAGAUCGCUUCUUGAAAUGUAUGCCGAUUAUUUUGCUCAUCCAGAUCAGUUCGUAAGCAUAGCAGACAUGUCAACUCCUAAGGAUAGAAUGGUUCAAGUAGUUCGUUGGUAUUUAUGUAGUUUUCACGCUGGUCGCAAAUCAGGGGUAGCUAAAAAACCAUAUAAUCCGAUAUUAGGCGAAAUGUUUCGAUGCCAUUGGGACAUUCCCAACGAACCCGUAGAUAGUUCAAAUUGUACAAAGCUGGUCGCCGAAGGCCCCGUGCCUUGGUGCAAAGAGAAUCAACUAUCGUUUAUCGCAGAACAAGUUUCUCAUCAUCCUCCCAUAAGUGCAUUUUACGCUGAACAUUAUGCGAAGAAAAUUAGUUUCGGGGCGCAUGUAUGGACAAAGAGCAAAUUUCUUGGAUUGAGCAUAGGUGUGCACAAUAUUGGCAAGGGCUGGGUGAACGUAAUAGAACACGGAGAAGAAUACGUAUUGACUUUCCCAAAUGGUUACGGUAGAUCCAUUCUCACUGUACCGUGGAUAGAAUUAGGUGGAACCGCGACUAUACAUUGCGCGCAAACUGGCUUCAAUGCCACCGUCGAUUUUUUGACAAAACCUUUUUACGGUGGUAAACGUAAUCGGAUCACGUGUCAGAUCACACAACCGGGGGAUAAGAAACCAUUCGUCGUCAUAAACGGAGAAUGGUGCGGUGUCAUGGAAGCGAAAUGGGCCGAUGGAAGAACCGAAAUGUUCGCCGAUGUUAGAGAACUUCAUACUCAACGAAAAUUAGUAAAGCCUGUUUGCGAACAAGAGGAACACGAAUCUCGGAAAGUCUGGCGAGACGUAACCGUCGGAUUAAGGAUCAACGACAUGGAAAAGGCGACAGCGGCUAAAAGCGCGAUCGAACAAAAGCAACGAGACGAAGCACGUAUCAGAAAAGAGAAUACUGUGAAUUGGCAAAACAAGCUCUUCAAAGAAACCAAAGACGGUGGUUGGGUGUACAUGAAACCUCUAGCAGAUAGAUUACACUCUUAUUCCGAUUAAAUGACUGUAAAGUUUGUAAUGAUUUAUUCAUUCGAUUUAGUUACUGCACAGUAAUAGAAAUUUAAAGGCCUAACACACGAUUAAUGAUCGAUAUUCCCCAUUUUUAAGCCUAAUGACUCUGUGCUAUUUGUGCGAAAGAAUAUGAAAUUGAAAGGUAUUACAAAUUCUUUCGUUUGAAAUAUAUUUUUCUUUUCCUUUUUUUUCGCACGAAACUGAUCAAGUACAAUAGCAAGUAUUAUAACAUUGUACUAUAUUGGGAUUUCAUUGAAAGAUAUAUACGAUAGCGGACGCUUAAGAGCAAACAAAUUAUUUUUUAUAACAUAGCGGUAGUCACUUUGUUCGAACAAGAAAGAAUCGCAUAAUGUCGUGCCAUGUACUAUACGUCAACGUCGUCGCCAAGUUCAUGUAUGUAUGUUAAAAAGAAAUACAGAUAUAAAAGUAACGUUCAA